AUGAAUCUGCUAAAAAAAGCAACUAAUGUAUUUUGUUCAAUUCCAGAACAUAAAGAAGUAGAUCAAAAAAUUAUUCAUUUAUGUCUCGAUUAAAAGUGUCAAAUAUCAAAAAAGUCAUUAUGUGGUUUAUGUUUAGGAGAGGAACAUUUUGGACAUAAAUCAAUUAGUCUUUCUAAUUUAGAUACUCUAAUAAAAAAUGAAUGGAGUAGAGAAAUAAAAUAGUAUAAUCAAAAAAACAAAGAUCUCACAGAUUCUAUUCAAAUGAGCAUAACAGCUAUUCUAAAUAAAAUCAAAUUUGUUAAAGAAUCAAUAUCAAAUUUUAUAAAUUAAGAAAUUCAAGAAAGUAAAGUUUGUAUUAUAAAACAUAAAUACAUUGAUUAAUAAAAUCUUACUGAAAAAGAUUUCGAAUAAUUAGCAAAAGACAUAAAUAAUAUUAUUUAUUAUCGAGAAGGGAUUCCUGAUUUUAAACCAAUAGAUUAUGAACCAUCAGAUAAGUUAUAAUGCUUAGCAAAUAGGUUAGUUUUUGAUGCAGCCAUAUUUUGUAAAGAUAUUACAUUAGUUUCAAAAGCAAAUAUAAUACAUUAGAGUUUUACAGAAUAAGUAUAAGAAUUAUUGUAUUAAAUUUAAAAUCUAACAAAUUUAAUAGAACGUCCUCUGAGUCAGAUAAUUUAGAGUAAGAGGAUUUUUGGACAUGAUAAAAGUGAUACUUAAUCAAAUCAGAGAUUAGAAUUAGAUCAAUAUAGUUAAUUAGAUACUUUUGGUCAGAUAUAGUUUUGUAUUUAGAAAUAAUUGAAAUUAAAGAGUUUAGAAAUGAAAGGUUUCGUUAAAGUUUAUGAUGAAGUGUUUAAUAAACCAUUUACUCAAACACACAUAGAAUUAAUAAAGCUUAAAUGUAAUUAAUAAUCAUAAAUUUGCAUUGGGGGAGUAAGCAUAAAGGAGCCAGAUUAAUUUAUAUUAUGUGCAAUAGAUAAUGCUUAUGAAUUCUAUACAGAAACUUAAAGUUUACAUUUGGCAAGAAAAAGUAGGAAUGGUUAAGUUUAUUGGUAUUAUAUACGAAAUAGAUGUAUUGGGUUUAGUCCAAUGAGUAAAAUUGAUCUUAAGUUUCCUGAUGUAGAUAAUGAGGAAGGAGAUUUAAGAUUCUCUUUAUGGUUAUUUCAUGGAUAAGGUGGUUAUCGAAUAGGUAAAUUAGAAAGUCUGGAAUAGAGUGUUGACUAUAAAUGUGUGAUUUAUUUAAAAAAAUGAAUUAAAACUUACAGAGACACUUAUUUAUUGCAUUACUUUCUAUUAAUCUAAAAUAAAUUUGUAUUACAGCAAGAAAGGAGC